AACUAUUGCGCCAGCUUCCAGCACGCGUGCUUCUAUGCCGCGGCCGAUGCUGUGGGAGACGACGCUGUUGUGCACGCGAACGGGUGCACGGUGGCGGAUUCUGAGGGAGGUUACCUGCGAAGACGACAUGUCCGUGUUCCCCAACACAAACGACAUGAUCUGCGGUUGCACCUCCGAG